CAGGGCCUCAGCCACAGGCAACUGUGGCCUGGCUGCCCACCUCCUUCCUUCCCAGCCAGGAGCACUGCUGCAGCGCCGAGUGGAGAGCCCCACAGCCAGCGGCCUUUCGGGUGGCAAUGCAGGUAACGGGGAUAUGAAGGAAGAACCAGCUACACAAUUGGGUUGUUGCCAUAGGCCCAUGGCCCUGGGACGUACAGGGGGCUCCCUGUCUCCCAGCCUGGACUUCCAGCUCUUCCGAGAUGACCAGGUCUUCUCAGCCUGCAGACCACUUCCAGACACAGUGGAUGCUCAUGGUCCAUCCUGUGCCAGCUGGCUGUGUCCCUUGCCCCUGGCACCGGGCAGGUCUGCGCUUCUGGCCUGCCUACAGGACCUGGACCUGAACCUGUGCACCCCACGGCCGGCACCCCUGGGCACAGCCCUGCAGGGCCUCCAAGAGGACACCUUGAGCAUGAAGCAAGAGCCACCAGGGCUGCAUGCCAUCUCCACCGAUGAUAAGAAACUCACAGUCAAGUACCCACGGAACAAGGACAAGCUGAGAAAACAGCCAGAAAGAGCUGGCAAUGGGGCCCCCUGCCCAGCCUUCUCUCCUCAUAACAGCUCUUCCCCACCACCACUGCAGAACAGAAAGAGCCCCAGUCCCUUGGCUUUCUGCCCCGGCCCCCCUGCCAACUCCAUCUCCAAGGAGUUCCCAUUCCUCCUCCACACCUUCUACCCUGGAUACCCACUUCUCCUGCCUCCACCCCACCUAUUCACCUAUGGGGCCCUACCUUCUGACCAAUGUCCCCACCUCCUCCUGCUGCCUCAAGACAACUCCUACCCCACAAUGGCUAUGCCUAGCCUGCUGAUGAUGGUCAAUGAGCCUGGGCACCCCAGCACUCGGGGGGAGACCCUGCUUCCCUACCCAGGGGCCUUCCAAGCCUCUGGCCAAGCCCUGCCUUCCCAGGCCCGAAAUCCAGGUGCUGGAGCUGCCCCAACCGACUCCCCAGGCCUGGAGCAUGGUGGCAUGGCAUCUCCAGCAAAGCGAGUCCCACUGAAUUCCCGGACAGGCACCUCAGCCUUGCCUUACCCACUGAAAAAGGAGAAUGGCAAAAUCCUGUACGAGUGCAAUGUAUGUGGCAAGAGCUUUGGGCAGCUCUCCAAUCUCAAGGUCCACCUGCGUGUGCACAGCGGAGAGCGUCCAUUCCAGUGUGCCUUGUGCCAGAAGAGCUUCACCCAACUCGCCCACCUGCAGAAGCACCACCUGGUGCACACUGGGGAGCGGCCCCACAAGUGCUCGGUGUGCCACAAGCGCUUCAGCAGCUCCAGUAACCUCAAGACCCACCUGCGCCUUCACUCAGGGACCCGGCCCUUCCAGUGCAGCGUCUGCCGGAGUCGCUUCACCCAGCACAUCCACCUGAAGCUGCACCAUCGACUGCAUGCCCCACAGCCCUGUGGCCUGGUGCACACCCAGCUGCCCCUGGCCUCUCUGGCCUGCCUUGCCCAAUGGCACCAGGGGGCACUAGAUCUUAUGGCAGUGGCAUCAGAGAAACACGUGGGCUGUGACAUAGACGAGGUCAAAGUGUCCUCAGCAUCCCAGGGGAAAGCAAAAGCAGUGAGCCUGAGCAGUGCUGGGACUCCCCUGGGGAGGGGGCAGGGCCAGAACAAUUAAAAAUGUUUCUUCUCUCA